AUUACUGUAAGACGGAGAAACAGAGCCGGAUACGUAAUAAAUACCCUUGCCACUCACCGGACAUUUUUUUUCUCCCCGUUGCACAUCAAAUUCCAAAUUAAAGCCCUUUUCGCUGCCGAAUCCCCACGAAGUUUCAUCCUUUCUCGUUUCCUCUCUCUCGCGAUGUCCGCGGCCGUGAGAUCGAGGGCCGUCGGAGCGGCGGCCGCAGUCCAAUCUGUGUACGUCUCCUCCCACCGGAUGCACGCCGGCAGGAUCUCCAAUGUCCACGGCAAGUACCGGCGGCGGUGGGACGACUUCUGGACCUGGGCCCCCCGCUAUUUUCGCCCCCUCGAACUGGUUUCCGUCCAGGGCCACCUCGUCGACCGGGGCACCCUCUUUCCCAACGCCCCCUCGCUGGAGACCAAUGGGCGUUCCGGCUGGGAGCCGCCCGAGAUCUGGCAGCAGCCCGGGGAUUCUGGGGUCACCGUCCACUCGGCCAGCCUAGGCCGGAUUAAUGUAAUUAGGGUUGGAGGAGGAGGUGGAGGGGGCACCGGCGCUGGAGGCGGUGGCGGAGGGUUUGACUCGAAGGAUGGAUGUUGGGGCGGUUCCAAUCUCGGGAACAAGUUCCCAACUCCCAAGGAGAUCUGCCGAGGUCUUGACAACUUUGUGAUCGGGCAGGAGCGCGCGAAGAAGGUACUCUCUGUGGCAGUGUACAAUCAUUAUAAAAGGAUCUAUUAUGAGUCCUUAUCGAAAUGGUGUGCAGCUGGUUCCAAUGAAAAUGAAGCUAGUACAACUGACAUUGACACAGUUGAACUUGAGAAAAGCAACAUUCUUUUAAUGGGCCCAACAGGCUCAGGGAAAACAUUACUGGCAAAAACGUUGGCUCGAUUUGUGAAUGUGCCUUUUGUAAUAGCUGAUGCAACUACUCUCACUCAGGCAGGAUAUGUUGGUGAAGAUGUGGAGUCUGUAUUAUACAAGCUUCUUGUGGCUGCUGACUUCAAUGUAGCGGCUGCACAGCAGGGCAUUGUCUACAUCGAUGAAGUUGAUAAGAUUACCAAGAAGGCUGAGAGCCUCAAUAUUAGUAGAGAUGUAUCUGGUGAAGGCGUUCAACAGGCAUUGUUGAAAAUGCUUGAAGGAACAGUUGUUAAUGUGCCUGAGAAAGGAGCUCGGAAACAUCCAAGAGGUGACAAUAUUCAGAUUGAUACUAAAGAUAUUCUCUUCAUUUGUGGAGGCGCCUUUAUUGACUUAGAAAAAACUAUCUCAGAAAGGCGGCAUGAUUCUUCCAUUGGCUUCAGAGCACCAAUACGUGCAAACAUGCGUACUGGCAGUGUUACAAAUGCUGCAGUAGCAUCCUCUUUGUUGGAAUCAGUUGAAAGUGGUGAUCUCAUUGCAUAUGGUCUGAUACCAGAAUUUGUUGGAAGAUUUCCAAUACUUGUUAGUUUGUCUGCUCUGAAUGAGGAUCAACUUGUUGAGGUUCUUACCAAACCAAAAAAUGCCGUCGGGAAACAAUACAUAAAGUUGUUCCAAAUGAAUGAUGUUAGGCUGCAUUUUACAGAGAAGGCUUUGCGGCUAAUUGCAAAGAAAGCAAUGGCUAAAAAUACUGGGGCUAGGGGCUUGAGAUCAAUAUUGGAGAAUAUAUUGACAGAAGCAAUGUAUGAGAUUCCUGACACGAGAACAGGGAAAGAGAAAAUAGAUGCUGUUGUGGUUGAUGAGGAAUCCGUUGGAUCUGUAGAUUCACAUGGGUGUGGAGCUAAAAUUCUUUGCGGUGAAGGAGCAUUGGAGAACUAUUUUUCUCAACAAAAUCUGAAAGAAGCAGAAACAACGUUCGAGAGGUCUGAGGGAGAACCUGAAGCAGACUUGGAGCUUCCCUCCAGAGUUGCUAGCAUGUAAACCUUUUAGCAACGAUAUUGUACACAAGUUAUAUUUAUCUAAACACAGUUAAAUUUCAAUGGCAGCCCAUUCAAAUGUAUCAUUCUGGCCAUAUGUAAAUUGAUAAUAGCAUGCAGGCUUCAUGGGCAAUAUCGGAUAUUACUUCCA